UGGUGACCUCUCCAAUAUAGAAGGCGUCCUGAAGAAUGAUCGAUUGGAUUGUUCUGUGAAGACAAGCAAGUCAAGUGCUCCUGGGAUGACAAAGAGUCAUAGUGGUGUGACAAAAUUUAGUGGCAUGGUCCUACUGUGUAAAGUCUGUGGGGAUGUGGCGUCAGGAUUCCACUAUGGAGUUCAUGCUUGUGAAGGCUGUAAGGGUUUCUUUCGGAGAAGUAUUCAGCAAAACAUCCAGUACAAGAAGUGCCUGAAGAACGAAAACUGUUCCAUAAUGAGGAUGAAUCGGAACAGGUGUCAGCAGUGUCGAUUCAAAAAGUGUCUGUCUGUCGGGAUGUCAAGAGAUGCUGUUCGAUUUGGUCGUAUUCCUAAGCGUGAGAAACAGAGGAUGCUAAUUGAAAUGCAAAGUGCAAUGAAGACCAUGAUGAACAGCCAGUUCAGCAGUCACUUGCAGAAUGAUACAUUAAUCGAACAUCAUGAGCAGACAGCCUUACCUGCCCAAGAACAGCUUCGACCCAAGUCCCAGCUGGAGCCAGAAAACAUCAAAAGCUCGCCUUCUUCCUCUUCCGAUUUUGCAAAGGAAGAAGUGAUUGGCAUGGUGACCAGAGCGCACAAGGAUACUUUUAUGUAUAAUCAAGAGCAGCGAGAAAACUCAGCCCAGAGCAGGCAGCCCCAGAGGGGAGAACGGAUUCCCAAGAACAUGGAGCAGUAUAAUUUAAAUCAUGACCAUUGUGGCAAUGGGCUGAACAGCCAUUUUCCUUGUGAGAGCCAGCAACAUCUCAUUGUCACUGGACAGUACAAAGGGAGGAACAUAAUGCAUUACCCCAAUGGGCAUGCCUUUUGUAUGGCAAAUGGACAUUGUAUGGACUUCUCCAAUGCUUAUACUCAAAGAGUUUGUCCAAUGAGUAAGUCUCCUUAUGUGGAUCCACAUAAAUCGGGGCAUGAAAUCUGGGAAGAAUUUUCGAUGAGUUUCACACCAGCAGUGAAAGAAGUGGUGGAAUUUGCAAAGCGUAUUCCUGGGUUCAGGGAUCUCUCUCAGCACGACCAGGUCAACCUCUUAAAGGCUGGGACUUUUGAGGUUUUGAUGGUACGGUUUGCAUCAUUAUUUGAUGCGAAGGAGCGUACGGUCACCUUUUUAAGUGGAAAGAAGUAUAGUGUGGAUGACUUACACUCAAUGGGAGCAGGGGAUCUGCUAAACUCUAUGUUUGAAUUUAGUGAGAAGCUAAAUGCUCUCCAGCUGAGUGAUGAAGAGAUGAGUUUGUUUACAGCUGUUGUCCUGGUAUCUGCAGAUCGAUCUGGGAUAGAAAAUGCCAACUCUGUGGAGGCUUUGCAGGAAACCCUCAUCCGUGCACUAAGGACCUUAAUAAUGAAAAACCAUCCAAACGAGGCCUCUAUUUUUACAAAACUACUUCUAAAAUUGCCAGAUCUUCGAUCUUUGAAUAACAUGCACUCUGAGGAGCUCUUGGCCUUUAAAGUUCACCCUUAAAGGUCUUUGUUUAUUUGAACAUGAACUGAUACUGUAACUGUACAUUUUGUGCUAAAAUGCUUAUUUAUAUGUGUGUAUAUCAUACAUGGAGAAAGAAAAGACCUUUAAGACAAUACAAGAUUGUAGGCUGUCUGUGUAAUCAAGCAAUAGCUGUUUGGAUUGAGAACUCUUCAGCCAUGAUUAGAUACCGAUCUCAUCUCCCCAAUAGACCAAUCAGCUGUGUCACAUUUAAACUGAAGAAAUUACAAUGAAUCAUAAUCACACUGAAUGUUAGACUUUUUCAUCUGCCAAAACCAAAAACCAUUUUGAUCUCCCCAUGGUAUAAAUAUGAUGCACAAUCCCACUAUAGGACUUAGAAAUUAAUCCUUUGUGGUAGAAGUACUGUUGAAUGUUGGAAAUCUUGGUGUCACCAAAAGACUAUUAUUAGAUCUGGUAAUUGGAGAUUUGGGGAACCAGGAGCUCUCCACGUUUGUAUUUUACUCUGCCACUGUUAAACUUGAUGAUCCUGGGCAAGUCCUUGGUUGUGGAAAUUACAGUGUCCCUCAUACCCCACCUCACAGAGAUACUAAAAAUGUCUAUAAAAGCAUGUUUACCUCUUGGGAGAUAGGCACUAUGUAAAUAAGGCAAAAAUCUUUUAUAAUUAUUCAUUAUAAUAUUGUUAUUUCCGAGCAUUUCUGGGAAACCAUUUCACAGUCCACACCAGUCUAUUAUUCAGGGUUCCUUGCAUAUGUGUGGGGUAUCCUGCUAAUACACACAUAUUCAAAGUUUAUGGAUACAUCAAAUACAUAGUAUGUGUACAUAGUAUGUAUGUGAAUAGUUAUACAUAAAUAUAUUUCUUCACAAUAUUUUAAACUGUGAAGAACUUUAUCAUACAUAAACUUAAAACAAGAGGUGUCAGAAGACACAAAUUAGGUGCAUUUUACCUGUUGAUGGUGACAUAACCAUUGCUUUAAAAAUACUUAGACAGUACAAUAUUAAAUUUAUCCUCUGUUUUUGUUUAUUCAAGCAACACUUAAGUCCACCUUUCAAAAAACACGUAUUUUAGAGUUCAUCUUUGGUAAAAUCUUUGGUUUAAGGUAGUCUUUUAAAAGUUCAUUCAGAUUCUUACCUUGUGCUAAUAAAGGUUGCAAGGCUGCCCCUUAUAUACAUGCUGCAGCUCGAUGGUAGAGAAUUUUGAUUCUGAAGAAUUAAUGUUUAAGCAAACUGUUGGCAUGUGUAGGCAUGUACCUUAGGCCACUUGUCCCUCCCCCGCUGAGUAACUACAGGGAUUCUGUCAAAUUAGAUUUAAUCUAUAAUUUAAAAAAUCAUUUAUUGUGUGACCUACAGACUUAAAAAAGGUAUAGUCAAAGACUUUUCAUCCAUGCUUCUAAUAGUGGACUUUAUUAAGAUCUGCUUCUCUUUGGGAGAAAUGAUCAAAAUUGAGGAUUUUAUCUAUGUUUUCUGUUUCCCUGGAAAAUAACAAUUAAUUGGAUUUGGUGAUAAAGAUUGCCUUCUGUAUAAUGUUCAGAUGAUAGAAAAUUGCAAAAAUGUUAAGAACUUUCUUUACUCCACUAAGCCUGUUACUUUCAUGAUGAGAGCAGAACACCUUAUUUUGUAGUCUUGAUUAAUUUGUUGCUACUGAGAUCUGAAUUUCUGUGGCACUAGUUAAGUAAUUAAAAAAAAAUGAACCCUCAUUGUAAAAGAGGAAAGGAGAUAGUGAUGUAAUAGGUUAUAAACCAUAAUCGUGAUUUACCUUAAGUUGGUAUGACUUUUAUGGGAUAUACAGUUAUGAUUUUGUGAAUUCUUUACAGGAUAGCAUUAUCUUUUUAUAUUUUGUUUCCUAAGAUAAACAAAUGCAUAGUUUUAUCUUAUGGGGGUAGAAACAGCUUUUUGAAAUAAUACCGAAGACCUCUAAAAGAUCAUGUUGAUUCUUAAUUUUUGCCUUUUGCAUAAGCCUCUUUUAUAACAUGUAUCUUUUAAAAUAAUUAUGUCUUUAGGAAUAUGUAACCAGAACUAUGUUAGUAUUGCUUAUAAAACUUUAGUUAGGUUCAAGAUAUACAUAUAUAUGUCCAUAUACAGAUAUAUAUAGGUUCACAUUUUGUCUUGUAAAAUUUUAUUUGAAUAAAUUCUUCGUGUAGUAAUGGGAAACAAAAUUAAUAGUUCAUAUUGCCACUCACCAUUUCUAUAUUUGAAAAUAGCCCAAUAUGAAACUUAAAAUUCUAAAAUUAAACCAGCAGCCUGUUACAAGCACAUUUUUUGAUUGAGUUGUGGUUACAAACUUAGUAAAUACAAAGAGGACACCAGUGGAAGACAUCAACUUAGGGAACUUCUGAGUUAGUGGGACACUGUUGAUUAAUUAAUGUACUGUAUGGAUUAAGUGAUGCUUUAAUUCUGAUUUUACAUUUUAAAGUUAAAAUAUGGGCAUUAUAUAGGAGACUUAAGGGCAUUAUGUCAGCAAGCUAAAACAUUUUUUUCUGUGCUUUUAAUGUAUCUACAUGAUCUGGGAGAAGAUUCCAGCUUUCAGAGAGAUAGCUGAGGGAAAAGGGAAACGUCUUGGGAUGAAGCUUGUCCUUGUGGUGAUGUUUUAAUUACAGGUUAAAAAGAAGGAAAUUGCAAUGGAUUAAAUGUAUAGCUUUCAUAUUUACAUUUCAAUAAAUUACCAUUGUAA